AUGGACUGUAAUUGUGUUAGUGACCUGCUCCUCACUCCACCUGUCCCAGCCCUCUGGACACCAGGCUUUGCCUUUCCAGACUGGGCCUAUAAGCCAGAGUCGAGCCCUGGCUCCAGGCAGAUCCAGCUGUGGCAUUUCAUCCUGGAGCUGCUGCAGAAAGAGGAAUACCAGGGGGUGAUUGCCUGGCAGGGAGACUACGGCGAAUUUGUGAUCAAAGACCCGGAUGAAGUGGCAAGACUCUGGGGGAUUCGCAAGUGCAAGCCUCACAUGAACUACGACAAGCUUAGCCGUGCACUAAGGUACUACUACAACAAGCGCAUUUUGCACAAAACUAAAGGAAAGCGGUUCACCUACAAAUUUAACUUCAGUAAGGUGGUUCUGGUAAACUACCCACUGUUAGACAUGGCCAGCUCUCCUUUCCUGCUCGCCCAGAACCACUUCAAUGGAGGGGCAGCUACAGCAGACUGCAGCCCCGUGACCCCAGAGGCCUUGCAGUCUUUAUUCCCUCGGUUGCCUGAUUCUGGCCGUGGAACUGCUCUGUUUGACCGACCCACAGGAGCCCCAGAGGGUGAUAAGCUCAGAUUGGACACUUUUCCAUUCCUUGGUUCAGGAGCCCCCUGCUACUCCAAACCUCCAUCCAUGUUGGGUCCUUACCCCCGUAACCCUGCCUUUGACUACUCUUGGGGCUUCAACCCAUAUCUCCCUGGGGCUUUAUCCCUCAACAACUGCCCUAAACUGCCCCCAGGCUCGAUCUACCCCUCACACUUCUAUCCAAAUCCACUUCAGUCUGGCUUGGCACAGCUCUCUCAUCCGUUUUCCUCACUCCUGCCUCCUGGGGACACAGCAGGAACAGAACGGGCUCAAACUGGAGGAGCCAACGGCUCAGUGGGUGGUCAGGCACCACGACUCUGCAUCCCGUCAUACCCGAGUAGUUUACUUCAAGGCCGAACUGAGCUGGGUAUUUUGGGUCCUGGCAUGGGUGAGAGGGAAAGAGGAGAGAACACUAACAUUACAGGGGUAGGUGGAGGUGGGAUUGGGGUGGGAUUAGGUUUAGGCUUGGGAUCACUGGGGUUGGGAAGUGGAGGAGGCAUCCAGAAUCCAUCAGAUCGUCGCGCAGGAAUGAAACAGGAUCCAGGGUCAGAUUCUGAGUUGGAAAUCACAGACCUGAGUGACUGCAGCUCGGAGAACGAAAACGAGCCAGAUUUCCAUGCCAGCCACGGGAAGGAGAAUAGGAUGGGAGGCCGACCUCACAUUCCCGAAGCCAAGACCGCAGGUCUGGGUGGAACCUUACCUCAGCUCUCUUCUCUUCCUCCUUCUAUAUCCCCCCAUCCUCUCAAAAGUCUGGUACCCCUGACUCCUCCACCACCAUCUCUUCCUACAUCUCUCUCGCCGUCCCUCAUCCUGGUUGAGCAGCACAGAGAAACAGAGACUCUCAAACUUACUCAUAGUUAA